AUGAAGAAAAGCAUUAGUGACAUCAAGCUGGCGAAUGGGCCAUUGCCGAGAAAAAACAAGAGAAAGAAUAAUGCGAACAGUAACAUGCUUAACAACAGGACUGAAAGUUUCCAAGUAGUCAAUGCCAUAUUGUUGAUGAAAACCAUUGGCCACAAGACGGGCCUUAUACCGUUCAAUGGAACCAUCGAAGUAGCGUUUGAUACGGCACACCCAUUUUCAAGGCAAGGCAUGGUGGUGAGGGGAGGGAGGAACAAGAUCCCAAGUAUGAUUGUGGUGGAGGGCUUGGACCUCUGUGAGCAUAGCUUGGCGCCAUUGAUUCGAUUUGGUUGCUUCUUGGAACGAGGUAGGUAA